UAUGUAAUUGCGUUGCCGGUUACUUAGGGCAGUAAGCGAAUUUUCAACCGCCACAAAGACAAGAAUCGUUUAUAAAUCGCAAUUGGUUAGGAAUGAAAUAAAACGGGGAAUCCUGUACAGUCGUAGACAUUUUGCAAAGUAUAUUCGACGAUUCAUUUUCUGUGUGACAUCGAAACCGUCAAUAGCGAAAUAAUUCAAUCAUCGUUUUCGUUUUAAAAAUGAAUACAAUAUUCCAAAUCGGUGGUGCAGUAAUUCUUGGUGCCGGAGCCAUUGCUUAUGGUGUUCCUGCUGCUGUUGGAGCAUUAGGCUUUAAAGCAGCAGGGAUUGCAGCAGGAACUACUGCUGCAUCAAUGAUGGGCGCAUCAACAACUGCUGGAGGCCUAGUUGCGACGCUUCAAAGUAUUGGAGCAGUUGGAGCUGUCUCUAAAGCAGCUGUCGCUGCAGGAGGAGCGGUUGCAGGAGGAAUUGCUGCGCUUCUAAAAUAGGAACAGUGAACAAUUACAGUUUUCUGGAAUCUAUCAGAAUCAAUCCACAUUAUUCAUUCUCUAUUACUUUUCAAGAAGCUUUUUAUACAAUUUUUUACUAUUUCAUCUGCUUCAAUGGAAAAUUAUAAAUUAAUUGACAAUAUGUAUCAAUUAAAUCAUUCAAUCAAUUGUCAAUAAAAAAUAAAUA